AUGGUGCAGAUGCGGACGGUGCUGCGCGUGGCGGACAACUCGGGCGCGAAGACGGUGCGCUGCAUCAACAUCCUGCGGCGGCGGCGGCAGCGGCCGUCGGGCAACGUCGGGUCCGAGCUGGUCGUGUCGGUCACGGCGAACGACCGCUCCGUGAAGACGAAGAAGGUGCGCAAGGGCGAGGUCCACCGCGCGCUCGUCGUGCGCGCCAAGAACGAGCCGCUGCGUCGCGACGGCGGCUUCGUGCGUACGGGCGACACCGCCGCCAUCCUGCUCAACGCCGACGGCACCGCCCCCGUCGCCACCCGCAUCCGCGGACCCGUCUCCGCUGCCCUCGACCGCAAGCGCUACCUCAAGGUCCUCUCGCUCGCGCGCGUCAGCUUGUUCUCUACCGCCGCCGCGCACACCCCCAAACCCCGCGCGGGACUCGCCCACGCAGAGACCCCAGGCCCUGAGCCCGCGCGCCCUGCCUUCGCCGGCCGCCAUCGCGGCGUCUGGCGGAGAUACCACUAA